UGACUCGCAGCUUGUCCAUGUGGCAUGGGCUGGGUGCGCAGGUCAGCUGCGAGGAGCUGGCUGUCCCCUUGGAUCUCCACACAGCAGCUUCCAUCGGCCAGUAUGAAGUGGUAAAGGAAUGUGUUCAGCGCUUCUGCCAUAGAGGAGGAGGAGGCGACAAGGUUUAUCUGUCCCUUUGGAGGAGUGCCAUCUGAACUAACUGUCACACUACUUUUUACUAAUGUUAUGCAUAUAUUAAGUCCAGAUACAGCAUCAGUGGCCAUUGGCUAUUUGUUGUUUGUAGUACAAUGUGAUGUGUACUGUAAUUUUUGGAAAAGAAUCUGUCUACUCACCUCCACCUCCUUAUGUCUGCCACACUUUGUGCUCACACUCCCAUUUCUCAUCAAUAACCCAGAAAAAUGAUCUAUGUCCAUACUGACAUGUGCCUUUUCCAAUUCCUGGGGUGCCAAAGCUGAGCCUCAUUGAAGCCUCAGAUUUCCAGUUCCCAAGUCAGAGCCAUCGCUUAUAAAAACCUGGCCAAUUGAGUGCAAGUGCACUGUGGUGAGGGAUAACUCUUUGUACUCCUGCACCAGGUGGCCUUGCAGUUGUGUAGCUGGGUACUCAGGCAGCACACCCCCAUCAACAGGGUCACUAUGACCCCAGUUAUAACUCUGCUCCUUUGGUAUUCUUGGGCUUUUCAAACUCAGGUUGUUGGUAAAAUGCAUAGUUCAGAAUGGCCCCACAGAGGGGAAGAGGGAAGUGUUGGUGUUUUGAUUGGGAUUCUGAUGCUGGCUGAGCCUAAGGCUUGCUCACAGUAAAACAGACUGAGGACCCGAGGAGUUGGAGGCAACAGAAUGGGGGAUUGGGCUGAUGGGAGGUGUAAGAGCCUCAGAUGUGUUCUGCCAAAGGUCAGGUCCUUCCCUCUCCAUGUGGAAUUGAGUGCUCCAUCAGAUGAAGGUCAUGUGGUGAGGAUGAAUUGGUCUUCAUGCGGCUCUCCCAGCCAGCAGUUGUUACUGCAUCCCUGGAAUCAGAACAUUUCAGAAUGGCUCUGUGGGCAUCCCAGAGUCAAUAGAAGAUGCUGGCGAAUUGUAUGGUUUAGUAUGCACAGACCUACGAGAGGCACAAACUGUGUGGAUUGAUUGGCAGUUGUUAGCUCCACUGGAGGCAAGGACUGUGGAAGAGGAAAGCCAGUGGGGCGUGAACUACACAGGACGUUUCUGGAAGUGGAUGUUAUUUCCAUACGCUAACCACAAACUCUGGGUUGGGCAGCCCACAAUUUUUUUCCUGUGGGAAAUGUUUUCCAGAAUUUUAAUCAAAAGUAGAAAGGAUUAUUUUGUUGUGGAUUUUCUAAGAAUGUGUCUUUCUUAUUUUUAAAAAAAUUGAUUUUAGAGAGAGUGGGGGGAAAGAGAGAUUUGUUCCAUUUAUUUAUGCAUUCAUUGGUUGAUUCUUGUAUGUGCAUGACCCAGGAUUGAACCCACAGCCUUGGCAUAUUGGGACAAUGCUCUAACCAUCCUAGCUACCCAGUCAGGGCUUGAAGAAUGUUUCUGUAGGGUGGGUGAGGUGACAAAUGAGAAAUCAGUUGCAGUGGGACUCCAUUGUCUUUCCUCUCCCGCCAGCACUGGACUAGCAGGCUGGUCUAUUGGUGGAAGGUAGUCAGGCUCCAGGUCAGGAUUUUUAGACCUUGGCACCACUGACAGUCUGGGCCAGGGCAUUCUUUGUGGUGGGGGCUGUUCUGUAGGGACACUGUAGGAUGUUUAGCAGCACUCCUGGCCUCAACUCCGGCUCUGGUAAACCCCAUGUGUGAGAUGGCUGGGUGUGUCUAGCAUAUCUUGCGUUUGUUUAGGAGAGAGUUAGAUUUGAAUAAGAAGAAUGGUGGUGGCUGGACCCCGCUGAUGUAUGCCUCCUACAUUGGACACGAUACCAUCGUGCACCUCCUGCUCGAGGCGGGGGUGAGUGUGAAUGUGCCGACCCCAGAAGGGCAGACUCCACUGAUGCUGGCUUCCAGCUGUGGCAACGAGAGCAUCGCCUACUUUCUCCUCCAGCAAGGUGCUGAGCUAGAAAUGAAGGACAUUCAAGGCUGGACUGCGCUUUUCCACUGCACCAGCGCAGGACAUCAGCAGAUGGUCAAGUUCCUUUUGGACAGUGGGGCAAAUGCCAACGUGAGGGAACCAAUAUAUGGAUUCACUCCUUUGAUGGAAGCAGCUGCGGCUGGCCAUGAAAUAAUUGUGCAGUAUUUUCUGAAUCAUGGAGUCAAAGUGGACACAAGAGACCACAGUGGAGCCACAGCCCGAAUGCUGGCCAAACAGUAUGGACACAUGAAGAUAGUGGGGUUGAUAGAUGCUCACUCCCUUUCUUUGCCCAAGAGCCUGUAUCGGAGCCCAGAAAAAUAUGAAGACCUGAGCUCUUCAGAUGAAUCCUGCCCUGUUCCUCAGAGACAGAGGCACUGUCGGAAGAAGGGCCUCAGCAUCCAUGAGGGGCCUCGGGCCUUGGCCAGGAUCACAGCUAUUGGACUCGGGGGCAAGACCCAGCCUUCUUGCUACGAGCAGGUGCCUCCACAAGGCUAUGUCACCUUCAACAGCAGUGAUGAGAACCUCCUGGUAGGAGAGGGUCUCUGCUACAGGGAUGUCACCUCCCCCAUCAAUGAUCGGGAUGUGGAAAGCAGCAGCAGCAGCAGCCGGGAAGAGCAGGCCUUCUGUGCCCACCUUGGGGCUGUGCAGAGCAGCAGCAGCAGUGAGGGCCUGGCAAGAGCCCCAGGAAUCAGCAGCGAGGCCUCUUUGGAGAGCAAUGAGGAUUCAGAUAAUGCACAUAAAAGCUCGGUUCGCAAACAAACGAAAACUUACAUGAAGACCAAGAAUCGCCACAGCAACAGUGAAAACCAGUGGCCUCCCAGCACAGGGACGUCCGGGACAGCCUAUUCACCAGGAUCUACCUCCCAGACUGAGAGGUUUCCCUAUUCAGGACCCCAGGACCUUGCCACACUGCUAGAACAGAUCGGGUGUCUGAAGUACCUGCAGCUGUUCGAGGAACAGGAUGUGGACCUUCGAAUCUUCCUAACCCUCACUGAGAGCGACCUAAAGGAAAUUGGUGUCACAUUGUUUGGACCCAAGAGGAAGAUGACUUCUGCCAUUGCCCGCUGGCACAGCAGUGCCCGCCCCCCCAGUGAUGCCCUGGAGCUGGCCUAUGCCGACAGGCUGGAAGCUGAGAUGCAGGAGCUUGCCAUCCAGCUGCACAAACGCUGUGAGGAGGUGGAGGCCAUGAAGGGCCAGGUGUCCCAGGAGCAGGAGCUGCGGGCUGUGGUGGAGAGCUGCCUCCUGGAACAGGAUGGCACCCGCAAGGACGUCUUUGCCCAGCUGCAGGAGACCUGGGCCCUGGCUCGGGACGCUGCUCUCAUCCUAGACCAGCUGCGAGCCUGUCAGGCUGAGCUGUCAGCCCGAGUGAGGCGAGACGAGUUCCCUCUCGGGGCCACCCUGGGCCCAGCCUUCCCCACAGCUGAUUCCAAAGACUGGCAGGCCUCCCUGCAAGCCCUGAGCCUCCCUGAACUGUCACAAGCAUUGGAGGAUCGAGUCCAUGAGAUGGGGCGAGUGCUGUGCUCCGUGACCCAGGGCCUGGAGAAGCUGCAGGUGCUGAAUGGGAAAGAGAACUGGCGGGAACCUUAGCUUGAGGGACGAAUCUGACGUUGGGUGACUGAUCCACCCUGAAGCUGUGUGCCCGGAAAACAGGAGGGCAGUGAGCAGGCAGUUGCAGCAGCCUGGGCCCCACUCGAGGCCAGAGGAUCAGCCCCCGGGAACAGCUAGCGGAGGCAGGACCGGGCUGUGGCCCGUGCCAGACAGCAAGGCCCCUGUGGUGGCAAGACGAGGGCCUCGUCCAGAAGGUGGUGGUAAGGCCCAGAGCAGACAGGACCUUGGGGAGAGAGCGUGUCCCCAUGUACCACAGGCACACACUCAAGUUUGCCCUGAUGGGUGAUAACUGGGGCACCUGGGCAGCAUAUGUCAUUUGCUGGAAAAUAAAAUUUAAGAUCAGCUGG